UGAAUAUAAAUUCAUCAUACAUCUAAACAAAAAUCCAAUGACUUGAUAAAAUAGAAUCUUUUUCACGAAUUCGUGGCCAUGAUGUUAUAUGAUACUAACAUUUCAUUUUUUUUUUCAGCCACAACAUCUAGUGGAAUCAGUUCACUGUCAUCACUCAACAAUUAUGAGAUCGAGAGCAGUAGUUCGAGUCAGAACGAAGAGACUAAUGAAAUUAAUAAACGUCCAAUCGAAUGUAGCCUCACAGAAAUACAGAAGAAGAAACCAAAGUUGGAUGAAUCUGUGAUUCAGAGUACUAAAUUCAACGAGGAUGGGUUGGCAGUCCUGGAAAGCACUUUAGAUUCUGUCAAUGUUACCAAAAUCAUAGAAAAAAGUGUAUCCCUGGAAAAUACUGAGUUUGAUGCAUUUGCGAACUAUUUGAAUAAAUAUUGCACUCCUCAGAACAAAAUUGACAGACAGUUUUUCAUGAGAAGAAAGACAAGUAAUUGUAAAGACGCUAAGCCAAAAAAACAUACAACCAUACUUUCUACUCAGUUUUUAAGUACGCAAGCUCGGCUCCAAAUAGAUGAAGAAGUUCAACCUGAUGAAAUUAUUGAUGCUGUCAAGACUGAUAAUUUAUCGAGAUUGUCUGAUGAGACAACGAAGUUGCCUUUGUUAUUAUCUUUUAACCAAAAAAUUAAAUCCCGAGAGUCCAUAAAGCUUACUAGCCUUGAUGAAGAAAUUGGCAAUAGAUCAAUACUUUUUGAAAAUGAUAAAAUCACCACUCAAUAUCGCCAGGAAGUUGACAAUCUAUUUGAACAAAUAGAACACUCAAUUUAUGCAAUGGGCACAGUAGAUGCUGAACAGCGUGUACCUGAUGAAAUUUUAGAUAUAAUAUUUAGUGAUGAACUGAAACCUCCUGAAGAUGAAAAGUCCAAAAAUGAUACGCAGCCUGUUGAAUGGACUGAAGACACUAUUUUGAACAACAUGAGUUUCAAUUUGAGUUUUGGGAGUAUUAUAAGAAAAGCUUUGAUAAAUAACGCCACAAAAUCACAUCCAAAGAAAAUAGUUGAUAAUACUUUGAACCUUACAGUAUCUGAUAAAAAAGUCGAAUUUCACAGUUUAGGGUCAUUUUUUGGGUUACCGUUGAAAGUGAAAGAUCUUAUCAAACAAUAUAAAGGAAUAGAUGAGUUAUAUGAUUGGCAAGAUGAAUGUCUCAAGUUACCUGCAAUCGAAAACAAAAGUAAUUUAAUAUAUGCCUUACCAACGAGUGGAGGCAAAACGUUAGUGGCUGAAAUAUUGAUGUUCAGAGAAAUCUUGUGUUAUAGACGUAAUGCUUUAUUGAUUUUACCAUAUGUAUCCAUAGUACAAGAAAAGGUAUGGGCCUUGUCACCUUUUGGAGUCGCUCUUGAUUUUUUGGUUGAAGAAUAUGCUUCCAGCAAAGGAAUAUAUCCACCAAGAAAAAGAAGAAGGAAAAAUUCUGUGUAUAUUGCUACCAUCGAAAAGGCUCUGGGAAUAGUUAAUAGCCUCAUAGAAACAGGUAGAUUAGAUGAAAUAGGACUAAUUGUUGUUGAUGAACUCCAUCUUGUCGGGGAAGAAGGAAGAGGAGCCACCUUGGAGUCUUGCCUCACGAAAAUAAUGUUUUUGAGAGCAAACAUCCAGAUAAUUGGUAUGAGUGCAACAAUAGGAAAUCUGCCAGAUAUAUGUGAAUUUCUCAAUGCUGAAGCGUACACAAAAAAUUUCCGGCCUGUCGAGUUAUCUGAAUACGUGAAAUGUGGAAAUGAGAUUGCAAAAAUAAACUGGAAUUAUACCAAUGAGGAUGAUAUUUUGAUAGAACCAAGAAAAAUGGAUUACAAGUACUCUGAGAAAAUCUUGAAAAUGGAUCCUGAUAUGUUGGGUGGCCUUGUGACUGACAUAGUACCGAAAGGUUCCUGUUUAGUAUUUUGUGCAUCAAAGAAGAACUGUGAAAAUGUUGCGAACCUAUUGUGUAAAUUAUGCAGACCAGAAUUGAAAAACUAUAAAAUGGCUGAGAAAGAACAACUUCUACAUGCAUUAAAAGAUGAAGGCGGGGAACUGUGCGAAAUAUUACGUGUUUCUGUACAAUAUGGAAUUGCUUAUCAUCAUUCAGGAUUAACAAGUGAUGAAAGAAGAAUCAUCGAAGAGGGAUUUCGUGCAGGCAUCCUUUAUGUAAUUUGUUGCACUUCUACACUAGCUGCAGGCGUAAAUUUGCCUGCAAGAAGAGUGAUACUUAGAUCCCCAUACAUCGGGAAGGAUUUCAUCAAUCUAUCUCGGUACAAGCAGAUGGUGGGAAGAGCAGGUAGAGCUGGGUUGGGCGAAACUGGAGACAGUAUUAUCAUUACUAAACCACUUGAUUUACCCAAGGUGAAGGAAUUGCUUUUGUCUCCGAUGAAUAGAGCAUUGUCUAGCAUGCAUUUAUCGGAAGGAAAAGGUUUAAGGCAUUUAUUACUCAGUUGUAUAAGCCUGGGCAUAGCAAAUACCAGAGUGCAGUUGCAAAAAGUGACUGCUCAUACUCUGUUAGCUGUACAGAGAGAUAAACUCGAAGUAGACAUUAAGUUUUUGACUGAUCAAGUUAUCAAGAAUUUAUUCAAGUUGGGCGCACUCAAGGAAUCUGCUGGAAAACAGAAACAAUGCAGUUUUUCUGGACUUCGCGAUGUUUCUGUCAGAAUGAAUACUUCCAUCCCUGAUACUUUGAAUGAUGAGUGCCAAAGGGAAUCUCCAAGUAAGAAACAGAAGAAAACUGUAGUGCUAACAAAUUGUACGAAAUUAGUUGUUAGUGAAUUGGGAUGUGCCGCUAUCAAAGGGGGUUUAGAACUUUCCAGAGCUCAUUUAUUGUAUGAAGACCUUUACCAAGCUCAAUCUUGCCUUGUUCUUCAAGGUCAUUUACAUUUGCUUUAUUUAGUCACUCCAUAUGAUACUGCAGAACGAAUCAAGCCGAAUAUGCAAAUAUAUUAUGAAGUGUUCUCUCACCUGAAAUUGAAUGAAGUCAAGGUGGCAAGAACAUUGGGUCUCAACGAAUCAGUAGCCGUUAAAAUGUUGUCAAACAAUUCAAUAAAGAACAUACCAGAAAGAGUUCUAAACCGGUUUUAUGUAACGCUGAUGCUUUAUGAUUUAUGGAAUGGAAUACCUGUUUUUCAAGUUUCGGAAAAAUAUCAGAUCAACAGGGGCAUUGUUCAGAACUUGAUGACAUCAACUGCAACGUUUGCUUCGAAUGUGGUAAAUUUUUGUGAAGAACUGGAAGAAUUUUGGGCAUAUUCUCAUCUACUGAGAGGAAUGAAUCAAAGGCUGUCUCACUGUUGUGUUCAGGAAUUGUUGCCUCUGAUGGAAUUACCUGCAGUUAAACAGAGUCGUGCAAAGCAGCUUUACAAUGCUGGAUAUAAAACAUUACAAGGUAUAGCCAAGGCUAAUGCCAAUGAUUUAGUUGACAGUAUAGAGUUCAUGUCAAGAAGAGUCGCUAAUCAAUUGAUAGCUGCUUCCAAGAUGCUGUUGCUCGAAAAAGUGGAAAAUUUGAGAGAGGAAGCAGAAGAUGUGUUAGAUGGAGUUGAAAACCCCAAGCAAGUUUCGAAUCAGACAAAAUUGGAUUAG